CACACACACACACACCACACACACACACGCGCGCACCAGGCGCGCGCGCGCACAGAGCUGGAGACGCAGCCGGAGCGAGGGGACACACAACCUCUGGAGGACUUCACACAAGACGAGCUCUCACUCGGGCUUCUAUCUCUGGACAUUACGACUUAGGGGCGCACAAGUGCAAGUUGUGGGUGGAGAUAUUUUGUAUUUGAAUUUUUAUUUGCGAGGGGGAAUAAAACUGCUCUGAAGGUCUUCGGCGUCAUCACCCGCACCACCGGCUUUUUAAUGUGCUUCAUGCGUUUGCGCUCAACAGUGAGGUAGACUUCUCCCCCUUGGUGGUGUGUGUGUUUUUAUAUUUCAUUUUUUUAUUUUUGUUUCCACCCCCGUGGAUGCGGGUGUCGGGGUCGUUGUCUGAGCCCCGCAGGAUCAGCCUGUCAUCAUGGUUUCUCGACUUCUUCACAAGUGGAUGAGGAAUAUUCCCGCGGAGCGGCGGCUGCUGCUGCUGCUGGUGCCGAUGUUGUGGCUGUUCCCUGCGACCGGAGCGGCUCCUCCUCCGACCACCGAGCAGCUGGACACAGGGGUGGACUGGCUGAGCAGGUUUGGCUACCUCCCGCCCCCUGACCCAGUGAGCGGGCAGCUCCAGACCAAGGAGGCGCUGGCCAACGCCAUCAAAGCCAUGCAGAGGUUCGGAGGGCUGAAGGAGACCGGAGUCUUAGACCAAGCCACACUGGGUCUCAUGAAAACACCCAGAUGUUCUCUGCCAGAUGUGUCUGAGGCUGAGGGGACAAUGGGCCGCAGGAAACGAAGCUCCAACCCGCAGAACAAAUGGAAUAAGAGGCAUCUGUCCUGGAGGGUGAGGACCUUCCCCAAGGACUCGGCCUUGCUGGGCAGGGACACCGUUCGAGCCCUGAUGUACUACGCCCUGAAGGUGUGGAGCGACAUCGCGCCGCUCAACUUCCACGAGGUGGCCGGCAGCGACGCGGACAUCCAGAUCGACUUCACCAAGGCCGACCACAAUGACGGAUAUCCCUUUGACGGGCCGGGGGGCACCGUGGCACACGCGUUCUUCCCCGGAGAGCGGUUCACCGCCGGGGACACGCACUUCGACGACGACGAGGCGUGGACCUUCAGGUCACCGGACUCCCAUGGGAUGGAUCUGUUUGCGGUCGCUGUCCAUGAGUUCGGUCAUGCCAUCGGCCUGGUCCACACCUCAGCCAUGGAGUCCAUCAUGAGGCCGUACUACCAGGGUCCCGUGGGAGACCCCCUGAAAUACGACCUGCCCUACGAAGACAAGGUCCGCGUCUGGCAACUCUACGGUGUCCGAGACUCCGUGUCCCACACCAAUCGACCAGGAAACCCCACCCAGACGGCUGACCCCCCCGUCCUGCUGGACCUCCCUGAAAACAGAUCAACUCUCUUGCUGGCACGAGACGCCCCAGACAGAUGCACCAGCCACUUUGAUGCGGUGGCGCAAAUACGAGGGGAGGCCUUCUUCUUCAAAGGGAAGUACUUUUGGCGGCUGACGCGAGAGAAGCACCUGGUGUCCCUUCGCCCGGCUCAGAUCCAUCGCUUCUGGAAGGGCCUGCCGCCCAAUCUGGACGGCGUGGACGCUGUGUACGAGCGGCCGGGCGACCACAAGAUCGUGUUUUUUAAAGAUCUAAAGUACUGGGUAUUUAAAGAUAAUAACGUGGAAGAGGGUUACCCUCGUCCGAUCAGCGACUUCGGGCUGCCCUCGGAGGGCGUGGACGCCGCCUUCGUUUGGCUCCACAACGACAAGACCUACUUCUUCAAGGACAACCACUACUGGCGCUACGACGACCACCUGCGGCGCAUGGACCCGGGCUACCCCAAAGACAGCGCGCUCUGGAAGGGGCUGCCGCCGCAGCUGGACGAUGCCAUGAGGUGGUCUGACGGCUCGUCCUAUUUCUUCAAGGGGAAGGAGUACUGGCAGGUGCCGGGCAGUGGCAUGGAGGCGGAGGCCGGGUACCCCCGCCUCGUCGCCAAGGACUGGCUGCUGUGCACCGAGAUGCAGUCGGACUCCCCCGACACGGAGGCCAAAAGCACGGAGACGCGGGUCAACGUGCAGCAUCAGCCGGACCACGCGGAGAACGGGUACGAGGUGUGCUCCUGCACCUCGGACUCCGCCUCGCCCCCGGGCGCCCGCCCCUCGCCGUCGCCCGCGUGGCUGCUGCCGCCGCUCUGGACGCUCUCGCUGGCCCUCCGCUCCGAGCUGCUAUGAUGCCAAAGCGUUGGGACAAAGAGACUUGCCGGUGGAGGGCCAGUGGACACUAAACAAAAGAACUUCAGCAUUUUUGCUCAUAUGAAAAUCAAUUGGUAUGUUUUUCUGCUAUUGUUUUGCUGUUAUUUAUUUCACAUGCCAUUUUGGUGAUCAUCAAAAGCGCCUUCCGGUGUGGGCGGUGCGUACAGUUAUCAUGUUAUUACACUAGGGUAUCCCUGGUGGGCAUCUAGUCACUAACUAAAUGAAAGUGCUAAGUACCAUACUUUACAAAUUGAGUUACAGAGAAUUCUAUUCUUGGGCUUCUUGACUGACUAAACUGUCUCUGCAAGGAAAGUUACGUGCUGAGUGAAACUCAGAAACUAUAUGUGUUCACUUAAAAUACAACAGUAUUCACACAGCACCAACCUUUUCAUGUGCGAGAAGUUUACAGCAAUAAUGAAUGGCAACGUGGGAUGUAAGCAAAUAGACAUGGGUAAAAAGAGCAGAACUUCCCGCCCAGUUGCCCGCUGCCUCCCGGCAUUCACCGGUGAAAUUGGUUACAGUUUCGGGGUUACGGUCACGGCCAGGGUGGCAGUUUGGGGUCCAUCAGUCCAAGACAAAAGAGACAGGACUUUAACUCAGUCUGACAGAGACUUAGACCAGGGCAAGGAAUGAAAUUUAGAAAAUAUAGAUCCGGCAGUUAGACAGGUGACUGACACGCUGGCAUGUAUCAAGUUGGACAGGUGAAAAGUACCUACGGGAUGUAGUGUAUAUAUAAGUCAGGCUUACGGAUGAAAGAGCCCAUGGGGGUGUGGACAGGAAGACACGUGAAUUGCAUGCUGGGAUGCCGACAGGUAGAUAAAUGGCAUCCAGAGCUGCAAACAGUUUGACUGGUUGAGUACCACCCAGUGCGGCUACAUGGAGAGAACUGCAUUCUGGGAUGUGGGGAAGUGAGACAAAUGAAUGAUUUCCUGUUGGACAGAAGAUCCCCUGACUUUCUUCAUGAGGCUUAACAUCAUUAUCCCCGCUUAAAUCCCCAUACCUGUUCUCCUGCCUUUUCUGAGGAACUGUACACCCAUGAGCUCAUCACUUUCACAUUCAUUGUCAUCAUCAGAGGCUGUAUUGGUUAUGUUGUAUUUUUUUUUUUUGUACUAAAUAUGGAUGGAUUGUGAUUCCAUAUGUCUUUUAUCAGACUAUACUUCACUGAGCCUUUUUUCUUCAUCAGUCCAAGCUUCUGUUGGCGACGUCCUUUCGCAGACCUCGCGGGUUAGCGAGCAGAUUUACAGUAUUCUUGCGAUAUAUAUUUACCUACAGUUUAAAUAUAGACACAGAUAUAUUUGAGUUGAGACGUCCCACGGUUACUGCAGAACCGAGUUGGGCUGUGUAUAUUUCCAGCUGUGGUUUUUUUAAUGUAAACUAUUUUUGUAGAAAAAUAAAAAGAAUGUGGAUGACCUCA